UGAAGUUGCUCAUUGCCCUUUUCGCAUGAUGGCGCAAAAUGUUUGCCACUCGCGCGCGCCGACUUUUAUUAUAUUUAUUACAAUAAUAUCGGUAUUCAACGUAGCGAUCGGUAAUGUGCUAGUUAAACCUGUGACAAAUAUAGACUCUGUGAAACUAAUCGAAUCAGAGAGUAUCACGAGAAAUGACAUUGAAUGGUUAAAAAACAAACCGGAACGUACCUUUCUUGUGGAAUUUGCUGGCAGCGGUUUAUCAGAAAGUACAAUAAUUAAAAAAUCCCUCGUUCAAAGUGAUUGUAAUUUUGACACCAAUCAAAACAACGAUGAUGAUAAAAAUAACGACCAACUACGACAAGUGUCAAUAUCUGUAAACGGGGAUAAAGCUGUUUACGAACUUCACGUAGAUCAUCAGCAACAAUUUAAGGUUACUAAGGUCUAUUUUUGCCUCCAAACCGCCUACGGAGUAAAAAAAUUCAUCAAUCUCGGACCAGAUCACGCCGUUGGCCUCAGCGAACAUCCAAAUGUCUCACGCGAAAGGCGUCAGUUGAUCAACCCGGGGAAUGCAGCAGGUUCCGGACAGGGCAACGUGGGAGAUCUCGCCCAGAUGAUACCUGUGAGAAUCGAAGGACUCAGAGUAGAAAAGGCUGAUAAAGAUCCUUUUUAUUCCGACGACGGUAUUCCUGAAAUAUUGGCUGGUGGGAAUGCAGUUAUCCGACUAUUUGGUACUGGAUUGACGAAUGAUACGUGGGUCGUCUUUACAGAUGUACCAAAUAAAAGAGGAACAGUUUGCGACAAGAUAAGAACUCCGGAAUACAUGGUAUACAGUUUGGGAAACGAUACAGGAUUGAUUAACGUUAAUCUUCCGCUAGGAUCACCCUUCUACCUUUGCGUAAAACAACCCCAUGUGCAAGGCACAGAAGAUGCUGCCGAUGGCACUAUGGAACUCUUCAAACACCAGGGUACGGAUACCUGGAACACUAUACAUACUUAUGAAAAAUUCUUACCACUUUGGUUGAGUUGUUUGAUAAUCCUUUUCUGCUUGUCUGCCUCGGCUUUGUUCUCCGGUUUAAACUUGGGACUUAUGUCGAUGGACAGAACGGAGUUGAAAAUUCUCUGCAACACAGGAACUGAAACCGAACAAAAAUAUGCUAGAGCCAUUCAGCCUGUCAGAAAUCACGGAAACUAUCUACUUUGCUCUAUUCUUCUUGCCAAUGUACUCGUCAAUUCUACAUUCACAAUUUUACUCGAUGAUUUGACGUCUGGUCUAAUAGCUGUGAUAUUUUCAACCUUGGCGAUUGUUAUAUUUGGUGAAAUAUCUCCUCAGGCUAUCUGUAGUAGACACGGGCUUUGUAUUGGUGCAAAAACAAUCUACAUCACAAAGUUUACCAUGCUCAUAACUUGGCCGCUUAGUUUUCCGAUCAGCAAGUUAUUAGACUGUUUGCUCGGUGAAGAAAUUGGAAAUGUGUACAACAGAGAACGUCUCAAGGAACUCGUUAAGGUGACAACAGAGUACAACGAUCUAGAGAAAGACGAAGUAAAUAUAAUUUCCGGUGCCCUGGAACUGAGAAAAAAAACCGUAUACGAUGUGAUGACCCGUAUCGAAGACGUGUACAUGUUAUCCUACGAUGCUGUUUUAGACUUUGAAACCGUCUCUGAGAUCAUGAAGUCUGGAUUUUCACGUAUUCCGGUAUACGAAGGCUCCCGAACAAACAUCAUCACCAUGUUGUACACCAAAGACCUCGCGUUCAUAGAUCCCGAUGAUAAUACGCCGUUGAAGACUUUGUGUCAGUUCUAUCAAAAUUCGUGCAACUUUGUCUUCGAAGAUGUCACUUUGGACGUUAUGUUCAAACACUUCAAAGAAGGUCACAAAGGUCACAUGGCGUUCGUUCACAGAGUAAAUAACGAAGGCGAAGGUGAUCCCUUCUACGAAGUUGUUGGAUUAAUCACCCUAGAAGACGUAAUCGAAGAAUUAAUCCAAGCAGAAAUCAUGGAUGAAACUGACGUAUUCACUGACAACAGGAGUAAACGAAGAAGACAGGUUCGUCCCAACGAUUUCACAGUCUUUGCGGAGAAGAAGGAAAAUCAACGGAUCCACAUUUCCCCGCAGUUAACGUUAGCAAUGUUCCAAUACCUUUCAACGACUGUUGAUCCAUUCAAACCCGACACCAUAUCUGAGACAAUUUUGCGGCGUCUUUUGAAACAGGACAUAAUAUAUCACAUAAAAAUGAAGAACAAAGAAAAAGCAAGAAACGAUCCGACCACUGUUAUAUACCAACAGGGCAAACCUGUCGAUUAUUUUGUUCUGAUUUUGGAAGGUCGCGUCGAAGUCACAGUUGGUAGAGAAAAUAUGAUGUUCGAAAGUGGUCCGUUUACUUAUUUUGGAACACAAGCUCUGACUGCUAACAUCGGCGUUGCUGUGGAAUCACCGAUCAACGCAAGUCCCCAAACAUUGGGAAGCAUUCAGUCGGUGAACCUCGACUCUAUGCUCCGUCACACGUUUGUGCCAGAUUACACGGUACGAGCGGUGACAGAAGUAUUCUACGUUAGAAUAAAAAGAUCUCUAUAUUUGGCGGCCAAACGUGCUACGCUGAUGGAAAGGAGUCAAAAGGAUCCACAGCCCAGUCAGGAUCAAUUCGACGAUGAGGUUGAAAAGCUCCUUCAUUCUCUGGAUGACGACGACCGAAGCGCUCCAGAAUCACCGGUAUUGUUGAGAUCGAAUAAGGCUAAAGAGACAGACAAAGAACCAGAGGCUCGUCAAACACCCAUGCUUGUAACCGCGCCAUCUUCUCCUAUACCAGUGAGUGCCAGUCCUGUUACGAAUGCCAAGUUUAUCCCACGUCAAGGAGGCCAAAGUCACAACGGCGAGAUAAAAAAUUCACCGAAAAAGAAUCAAGAACCCCAUCACAGUUCGCACGAUUCAGAUGGUGCUGCCAUUGACCUUGACGCAGAGAUUCGUUCACGCCAGAUAGAAGCAGCUCGUUUAAUAUCUGGGCUUCUAACACUCGAACACGAACACGAGGAAAGAACUAACUUGUUGCCUAAACAGGAUCGUUCUUAACACUUAGAAAACGGCCGGAAAAGUUCGGCCGUAUUAACAAACGAAGAGGUAGCAACGAAGAACCAAGGCAACGAGCAAAGCCAAUUAAAAGCAUGACGCAUACCGGAAUAUUAGGUAGUUUAUUUGUCAAAAGAAUAAUUUAUCAUUGUUAUCUACAAAAAGUCCCGGAUAGAUAUCUCAUUCUCCGUCAUCCCAGUCAGUUUAAAAUGUACGCGAUGAGAUUUAGUUGUAGUAUUUAAGAUCGUCAGCGGUCAUGUACAUUAAAAUUGUUCGCUGCUUUGUGGGUACGAGGUUAUAUUUUUUAAUCGAUACUUUUAACGGAAUUCGCCUGAAGAUCGCAUAAAGUACUUAACGAUUCCCCGGCUACGAACUCAUCAGAAAUAUGCAAUAUUUUACGAGUACCAUGUACCCUUUUUCACUUGCGUCAAAUCCCAGGCAGUUUACUCGAUUGAAAAUAAUGAAGAAAUAUCGAUGAAGAAUAAAUGGUGAAAUACAGAGCAACCUGACGAUAUGAAUAAUGAUAAAACAGGACCAGUACCGGAAGUGUCAUGGCCAUUGAAAAAUUAUGAAAAAAACUUUGUCAAACUGUUCUGUACAAGAUAUGAACCAUAACUUAACGUGAGAUCAAUUUAUUUUCCAUAUGUAGUGAACAGAUGAAUUAAUUUCUACGAAUCAAACACCGAAAAACAAAUAAACCCAGAGCCUUAUGUGAUUCUAUAGUUUGGUAGGGCGAGAAAAUAAUAAUUUAUGAACUAUCGUAAUAUUGUAUAAUUCUACAUAACUAGAGCAUAAGAUAUCGUAAGGUGCGCUUUAGCUGAAAAAAAGCCUUUACAUUUAAUAACUGCGUAAAUAAUGAUUGCGUGACAGCUUUAACCUCCUUGCUACAAGAUAUUUCAAAACGAUGAUGUUCCGCCAUUUUUGUUUCGUAAUAUAUUCAAAUAUAUCAACUGAUUUCCAUUAUAAUCUUCACGCAGGCAUUAAGAUAAUCAUUAUUGUAAGAACGACGGCAUUUGUAUCCCAAUUUUCAUUCCUAAUGUUAUUCUUAUUUUCAUCUCUUGUUUAGUUUUAGGAAAAGUUCUAGCCAGUCACAGUCCGACUUUUGAAAUAUCUUGUAUACAUACUCCAUAAUUAUACCUAAAAUACGUCUACAUACCUAGGUAAUUAAAGAAUAUCUCAUUGCCGAAUACUUAACACAAUAUUCGGAGUUGCUACGUAUUCUCUCCUUCGGGAAUCGUUCAUAUCACAGCUAUAGAUUUCACUAUUGUUAUUGGUGCGCGAAUUACUUGCAGUUUUUCGCUAUUGAAACUUUUUGUUUUUGUUUUUAUCAUUAUUUCACUUAUGCUUACAAACUUUUAUUUAAUUCAAACCGUCUGCGCUUCAUUCUACCGACAAUAAUUUUCCAUUCACAUGAAUUUUAAUUUUUUAGAAUAAAAUGUCAUUCUUUACAAGAGCUUCCGUCGUUCGAUGGUAUUUUCGGUUCAAAAAAGUAUUUAUUUUAUCUAUGAGUAAAGAUAUAAAAGAAUGAUGGCAAAGUAAAAUAGAAAUAAAACAUUUGUAAACGUGAAUCUUAUCGUGAUGUUUUUAAAUAUGUUAUUAUGAAUUGUUAUUGUUUUAAAUUAUAAUUGUUAAUUUAUUGAUAACUAGAAUAAUCGGAACAGAUGAGACAAGAAAUGAAGCUAAAAAGUGGUCUCUCGUGCUUUAUUUCUACAUUUAAAGUACUUAACUAGUACAAUAUCAAAUUCCGAUUAUUCUAGUAAAAGAAAGUUACAAAAAAAGAAAUGAAUUCAACUUCAACUUUAAAGGCAUCAUAGGUUGGAUGGAAAGUAAUAACUGUAUCAAAAUUGUUGUCAACCGUGAAAACCUUCCCUGGUCUUUGUUCUCCAGGGUAUUUUUAUUGAAAUUUAAUGUACCCAAAUAAACACUUACUGAUUAAGUAUUUCUUUACAAAGAA